GAGCCGGGCUCCGGGGCGGGGCGCAGGAGCCCCGGGGCGGAGGAGCCGGGUAGGCGGGAGGCGGGAGGCGUCGGGGCCGUUUAAGCGGCCUCCCUCCCGCCCCCAGCCGCCCGGUCUGGCCCCAGCCCAGUCCCGACCCCCGGCCUGGCCCACUCCGGCCUUACCCGGCCGAAGGGUUCCACUGGACACGCAGGCGGCCCCUGGAGCAGCACAAGCCCAUGAGGGCCGCGCGCCCGGCCGCCGGUGCUGACGAGACGGAGCUCCCGGCCCCCGAGGAGGAGCAGAGGAUCAAUGCGGUUCAAGAAUCGAUUCCAGCGGUUCAUGAACCAUCGAGCUCCAGCCAAUGGCCGCUACAAACCAACUUGCUAUGAACAUGCUGCUAACUGUUACACACAUGCAUUCCUCAUUGUUCCGGCCAUUGUGGGCAGUGCCCUCCUCCAUCGGCUGUCUGAUGACUGCUGGGAAAAGAUAACAGCAUGGAUUUAUGGGAUGGGACUCUGUGCCCUGUUCAUCGUUUCUACAGUAUUUCACAUUGUAUCAUGGAAAAAGAGCCACUUAAGGACAGUGGAGCAUUGUUUUCACAUGUGUGAUAGAAUGGUUAUCUAUUUCUUCAUUGCUGCUUCUUACGCUCCAUGGUUAAAUCUUCGUGAACUUGGACCCCUGGCAUCUCAUAUGCGUUGGUUUAUCUGGCUCAUGGCAGCUGGAGGAACCAUUUAUGUAUUUCUCUACCAUGAAAAGUAUAAGGUGGUUGAGCUCUUUUUCUAUCUCACAAUGGGAUUCUCUCCAGCCUUGGUGGUGACAUCAAUGAACAACACCGAUGGACUUCAGGAACUUGCCUAUGGGGGUUUAAUUUAUUGCUUGGGAGUUGUGUUCUUCAAGAGUGAUGGCAUCAUUCCAUUUGCUCAUGCCAUCUGGCACCUGUUUGUGGCCACGGCAGCUGCAGUGCAUUACUACGCCAUUUGGAAAUACCUUUACCGAAGUCCUACGGACUUUAUGCGGCAUUUAUGACCAAUCUGUACUAGGUCUCCAAACCAGUAUUAUUUCAAUUAUGGCACUUGAGAGUGAGGUGAGAGCUGAACAUUGCACAGGGAAAGAAAAAAAAAAAAAUACGAUAACCGCACUGACUUUCUUUAUAUCUUUUGAAUAUAAUUACUGUGAGAGUAUAAAGGCUGUGCUCUGGAAUUUUCCCCCUCACAGCAAAUAAAUAUAAGGUAGUGAAUUAAUUAUCCAUUCCAUUCCACUAUUGUGAAGGACUCUGAAUAGACUUGGCCAACUGAUGUUUACAAACCAGAAUUUUGUAUUUUAGUUUUACAGAUUUUACUACAUGAUUUUUCUAAAUUACUAUGUCAGGUUAUAAAAGUCAGUGCAAUAACAAAGCUUCCUUUUUAAGAAGAAAAUUGUUUCUAUCACUUUCCCAUUCACUAGGUAAAGAAUCAUGAACAGAACUUACACUACUUUUUACCAUGUUUCAUCUUGGCAUAACAUGGUUCUUUUUUAAAUAGAAACUUUAGUUUUUUGUAAAUUUUUUAAAAAACGAUUUCAUUGAAACACAUCUCUGCGGGUCCUCAUUCAUGUUGUGAAUUUUUGCAGCAAGCAGUCAACAUUCCACAAACGAACAAACAUUAUACCUCUUCUGAUAGUUUUAUGAAGCAUGGAGAAAUUGCCAAUUUUUAAAACUACGGUUUUCCAAACUUUUUGCCAACCUCUUACUCUGAAUUCAGUGCUGCUUUGAGACAUACACUUGACCUAGCCUGUUUUACCAGUGAUGGAAAAGUAUUUUGAUAUCAUUAACUUUUUCAAAAGAUCCAACUUUAUGCCUUUGCCACAUUCUCUUCAGGGUCUCUUUCAACAUUGGAUGAGUAUUUUGUCUGUAUUUUGUAUGUAUUGGGACGGCCAUCUGCUGAAACUCCUGAAGAGCAUUAUGUAUUACAGUGAGCAGUUGUAUUCCCUGUUUGGUGCCCAAUGGUUAAGUCGUAGUCAUUUAGCUUUAUAUUGUCAGUUUGAUAUUUAUUUUAAAUUGUGGAACUAGACACAUAAAUUCACAUUUCUACCUUUCCUUUGCAUCUUCCAAUAUAGUGUGUGUGUGUGUUUUUUUUUCCUAGAAAAAUAUUUAAAGCCUUGUUUGACAGGUAGAAACUCAUGUAUCUCUAGUCCAUGAGUUAUAUCCUGGCUCAGUGGAGUGAUAUUUAUGUAUAAUUUUUACUUUUUUCUUAGUGUCUUAUAUUAAGAUUAACAUAUUAUUAAUAGUUGCUUUGCUGAUUAAUCUCUCUUGUCGGUGUUUUAAUAAAUGAAAUAGCCUUGCCUUUAGAUCAGGUGCUGAUAUUGCCUGUUUCCUAGUAAUGGGCUUGAUCAGUGGAAUUUUUGGUUUGAUGAUAAGCUUAUUAAUUGAAAUUUUUUACUGAUGUGGCUUUAAAAGAGGUUUAUUUUGUGUAUGUUUAGAACUCUCUGACUCUGAUGAAUUAUAUGGGAAUGAGAAACAGAAGUGGUAUUUGCUGCUGAAUUAAAUAGGCAAGGUACCCAGUGAUGACACCAACCAAACCACUCCUAUCUGCAUGAUUCUGAACAUCUAGAUGCCUGUCGUUUUACUGUGUAUAUUUUAUUUUUAUUAUAUUAACUUUCUGUGGAUUCAUUUAAAGUCUCCUCAAAAGUAACACUGUCAAAACCAGUAAUAUAUAUGUAAAAAUUGUGCUGUAGACUACAAUAAAACUGUUAUUGGAUUUGUUCCA